GCGGCGGCGACCAGGGCGGCUCCCACACGCGCUGCGCCCGCGCCCGGCUGCCGGGGUCCCCGCGCGCCCCAUGUCCUCCGCGCCGCUGCGCUCGCCCGCCCUGCGGCCCCACAGGAUGAAGAAAGACGAGUCGUUCCUGGGCAAGCUGGGCGGCACGCUGGCGAGGAAGAAGAAGGCCAAGGAGGUGAGUGACUUGCAGGAAGAAGGGGAAAAUGCCAUGAACUUGCCGAUGUCCCUUGCCUCGGUGGAGAUCCACCCCGAAGACACCCUGCUCGAGGAGAACCAGGAGCGCACGGUGAUCGACCCCACCUCCAGGGACGACCCCAGAUUCAGAGAGUUGGUCAAGGUUCUCAUCGACUGGGUCAACGACGUGCUGGUGGGGGAGAGAAUCAUCGUAAAGCAGCUAGAGGAGGACCUGUACGACGGGCAGGUGCUGCAGAAGCUCCUGGAAAAACUGGCAGACUGCAAGCUGAACGUGGCCGAGGUGACCCAGUCCGAAAUAGGGCAGAAGCAGAAGCUGCAGACAGUGCUUCAGGCGGUGCAGGAGCUGCUGCGGCCCCACGGCCGGGCGCUCCAGUGGACCGUGGACACGAUUCACGGGAAGAACCUGGUGGCCAUCCUCCACCUCCUCGUGGCCCUGGCCAUGCACUUCCGGGCCCCGAUCCGCCUUCCCGAACACGUCUCUGUGCAAGUGGUGGUCAUACGGAAGCGGGAAGGCCUGCUGCACUCCAGCCACGUCACGGAGGAGCUGACCACGACCACCGAGUUGAUGAUGGGUCGGUUUGAGCGGGACGCCUUUGACACGCUGUUCGACCACGCCCCGGACAAGCUCAGUGUCGUGAAGAAGUCUCUCAUCACAUUUGUGAACAAGCACCUGAACAAGCUGAAUUUGGAGGUGACGGAACUAGAGACCCAGUUUGCAGAUGGCGUGUACCUGGUUCUACUCAUGGGGCUUCUGGAAGACUACUUCGUACCCCUGCACCACUUCUACCUGACCCCGGACAGCUUCGAUCAGAAGGUCCACAACGUGUCAUUUGCCUUUGAGCUGAUGCUGGAUGGAGGCCUUAAGAAGCCCAAGGCUCGCCCCGAAGAUGUGGUGAACCUGGACCUCAAAUCCACCCUGCGAGUUCUUUACAACCUGUUCACCAAAUACAAGCACCUGGAGUGACGGGCGGGGAGCAGCAGAGACCGCGGCGGGGACGGUGCUUUGGGAGGUGCCCCGGCCUCCCCUCCAAGCCCGCGGUUGUUCCCGUUCCCACCCCACCUUUUUCUGGUUGAUACUCUUAACCUCCUUCCCUGUAAUUCUGCAGUGGACGGCCUCUUGAAAUGCAGGUUCCAAACACCAGUGCUCGAGUUUGCAGCCAGGCUUCACCUGGGGUGUCCCGGGGUGCUGUCCCUUGUUGAUCAAAGGAUGGAAAAGAAAAAAGCCGGAACCCCUGGGAGGGGGCGCCCGGCGUUCCAGCUGACAGCCGUCAGUCACCACAGGGGAUCAGAGAGGGAGCUUUGCGGCCGUGGCAGUGGCUUGUCUGUCCCCGGGGAAUCUCCUGGGUAGGGCUCUCCUCGGCAGUGAGGGCCUUUUACUAAAAAGCGUUUUGCAGUUUUACAAACUUCACUCUUAAGUCUCAGAAGCUUUAGCUGGGACCGAGUGUCCACCCACAUCCCUGCUUCUCGGCCACUCAGUGCUGUUUUCAUUUAGCUUUUGCACAGACAUCUGGGACCCGGAGAACCCAGCUGCCAUGGUCCGAGGGAGGAAGGAUUUCUGAGGCAUUUCUUUAUUUCUUGCUCCGGCCGAGUGGGCUGUGUCGGAGUCAGCUCUACAAUGCCUCUGGAGUGGCAACGGCGUUGUAGACACCUUCGGGUGGAAGUGGCCGGUCCCAGACCUCCUGUUUGGGGCUGGAUGCAUUUUUAAAAAGCCUUUAGAAAGCAGGUGUUUUAGUUGGCUUGGGCCGCCAUGACAGAGUGCCACAGACGGGGGCCUUAGACAACAGACGUUGAUUCUCUCACGGUUCUGGAGACUGGAAGUCGAGAUCAAGGUGUCAUCAGGGUUGGUACCUUCCGAGCGUCUCUCCUUGGCUUGUAGAUACCGUCUUCUCCAGGCAUCCUCACGUGUCUCCCCAUGUGUCUGUGUCCUAAUCUCUUCUUCUAAGGACACCAGGCAGAUUGGAUUGGGGUCUACCCUAAUGACCUCAUUUUACCUUAAUUACCUCUGUAAAGACCCUGUCACCAAAUACUGUCACAUUCUCAGGUCCUGGGGGUUAGGACUUCAACAUGUGGGCACAGCUCAGCCUGUAACAGGGAGAUGUGAAGUGCUCACCUCUCUCCUCCCCGAGUACCAGCUUUCUGGAGCCCUGUCAGCAUCCUUUGGGGCACCCUGUUGAAGGAAAUGAGAUCCCCCGUCUGCAUGCUCUUCAGCCCUCGCCCACCUUGGCUCGGGAGAGAAAUGGGGACUCAUAGGCUGGGUCUGAGGCAGGUCCUAUAUAGCUGGGUCACCCCCUCCCCCAACCCCUGGCUCCCGAGCUGCGGUUUUUAUGACACGCCGCCCACCUGAGUUCACCCAGCAUCAGCUCAAAUCUCCUGUUUGAUUUUCGCCUUCGUGCUGUAGGUCAGAGCUGCUGAGGAAGUCGUUAAUAUUAAAUUGAGCACCGGCGCUCAAGACUUAGAAAACCCUUUCAUAUUCUGCCUCAGCUCAGGCAGCUGCCAGGCUGGGGAUGUGUUCAGAAGAGCCGUUUUCCCAGCAGGGGAAAGAAAUAAUGAAAAUGGCAUUACGGUGUCUCCUGUGGGAUGCAGUGACAUUUAAGAACCAACAGAAGAGCCGGGGCUGGAACAUUCUGGGCCGCCUUCGUUACACGUGUAGGAUCAGAGUGACUGCGGCUGGUGGAGACCCCAUCCACCUGCCUUGUCCCAGGUGGGCCUGGCAAGGGCGCUGCUGCCUCCUGGGGGCCCUGGGGGGGAUGACGGAGGUGAGGUUGGGGUUUGGAAAAAAGCCUCGAGGGUCUUCAGCCCGGGUGGGCGGCUCCAGCCUGUUCCACGCCCUGGAGGGGCGGGAUUGGUUACUCCGGGGAUGGGGAUAGGGGUCGGGGUUCAGCGAGCCCACUUCAAGCCCUCUGUGUUUCAAGUAGGAGAGUAACAGGAAUGAUAAGAUAUGUGGGAAAAGUAUUAACAGGCACUUUUGUGUCAUCAUGCUGACUGUUUAAGGCCAUGCUCCAGCAGAGAAUGCAGUCUAGUCUCCAAAGUAUUUUUUUUCAAAUCGGUGCAAAGGUGUAGGUGUGCCUUCCGCCCACCCGCGAAGGACCUCCUCGGGCUGUAGGCGUCUCGUUUUCCCCCUUGACUCAGAAUUGCAAGUGGGGCCUGGACGGGUGUGGAGGUGAGGGUUGGUGAAGCAGUUUCCGGGCAGAAGUCAGGGCGACUCUGCGGUAGGGAGACGCCUCUGGGGAUCCACCCAUCGUCCCUGUUGGCUCGGGGACAGUAGUUGUCAGGACGCGAGUUUCAGGGCCUGGGAUGUCCCCUCUGGGGUGCCACAGGCUGGAGCAUCUUGGGGUAACGAGCAGGAGACACAGCCUUCUCUUGAUUCUCGCCAGGGGCUCCUUGGAAUGCAAAUGCUUCCCUCUUAGUCCUUAAUUGAGGAACGUUCUGGAACCCUUCCUCCUCCACUGACCCCCAUUUUCAGUGGAUGGUUCCCCCCCCCGAAGAGGGACCCUCGUCCUCAGGGACUAAGUGACAGCAAGACCGUUGGCGCCUGUGCGGUGACGGGCAAAGGCCGGGAAAUGCCUCCUUUUAUUGUCCUCAGGGUGGCGUGUCUUUGAAACCCACCCCACUGGUUUUGGGGAGCCUACUUGCAGCUCUGGUUCCCCCGGAACAGCCACACGGCCUCAUGCAAGCACUGAGCCCAGAGCCCCACACACCCUAAGGUCCUAACUGGAUGUGACACAGAGCUGUGUUGUUUUAAAGCAACCGAAUCCUCUUCCCCAAUUUGUGUGCCAAUAUUUUAUUGUCCUUUUAAUUGUUUUAAGCAGUGUUUACUUUGGAUUUCUGGGCAUUAAAUAAAAGCCACUGAAACGCUG